GUGGCAGACCUCGCUGGACAUGUUCGUCGCCGAAGGAACAAACUGCGUGUGCCAAUGAAAGAGGCAUGAUCUGCCUUGCUUCUUCUUGCCGAUGGGCAACUGCUGACUUCUUUUUUGGAUCACCCCGGCCGCGUUAUCAGUGGGAUAAAAGGAAAAGCGUCUAACCGCACUGAUAGUUGUUGAUACACACACGCGUGCAUCUCCCUUAUCUGGAUUUCCUGAUUCUGUCAGAUAAUCAUGGGUAGCCUCGGGACGGAAGAGAUCACCAAGGUGGCGGCGGGGUUGGAGAAGGCUGCCUCUCACGGGACCAAGUCGUCGUUUGCGCCUCCGACGGUGCGCCACGAGGAUGCGUUCAUCUCGUACGAGCGCAUGUUGGCCGGGAGCGACGAGGGAGCAUGGCCGGCCCGCCAACAGGUCGCGGUCCCUGUGUUCGACGCGGCCGACGCGCAGGUGGACGACGUGGUCGAAGGGCUGAGGGCCGUGGGCGGCGUCGUGGUCCGGGGAAUCCUGUCGACGGAGGCGCUGGCGCAGAUUGAGCGCGACGUGCGGCCGCACCUCGAGGCCGACGUGCCCUGGGAGGCCGACAACAACUUCUUCCCGCCCUCGACGCGGCGGGCGUUUGGGCUGUGCGCCAAGUCGCGCACGUUCGCCGUCGACCUGGUCGGCAACGAGCUGUACCAGGCCGUGUGCGCGCGCUUCCUGACCACCAAGAGCUACCCGUGGUACGGGAACCGCGACACGCUCAACGUGUCGCCGCCGCAGCUCAACAACACCAUUGCCUUCUCCGUGCGGCCGGGCAACAGCUACGACCAACCGCUGCACCGCGACGACGACAUCCACUACGCCGACCGGCCGCGCGUCGACGUCUACCCGCGCACCAAUUCGCGCGAGUAUGGCAUCGGCUUCUUCGUCGCCGGCACAAAGACCUCCAAGGCCAACGGCGCCACCAGGUUCAUCCCCGCCAGCCACCUCGAGGCCACCGAGCACCCGCCCGACGAACGCUUCGCCCACUACGCCGAACUCAACCCCGGCGACGGCUUCAUCAUGCUCUCGAGCUGCUACCACGGCGGCAGCGCCAACACCACCGCCGACGAGGAACGACUGCUGUUCAGCUGCUUCAUGACCCGCGGUUGGCUGCGCCAGGAGGAGAAUCAGUACCUCGCCGUGCCGCCCGAGAUUGCCAAAACCCUGCCCGUCCGGAUCCAGAAAAUCAUGGGCUACGCCCUGAGUGACCCCAUGCUCGGAUGGCUCGAGUUCAAGGACCCCCGUAGUACAAUCGACCCCGAGGCCGAGCGCGUCGCGCACAAGAAGAACAAGUACACCUAGUAUGAGCGGGAUCAUGUGGGAGGAAAUGUACAUGUCAUGGGCACCAAUCAAUCAAUAUAGAUGACUUUGAGAGAGAGCACAAUUGGCCAUGGACUCAAAGGGCAGAGCUCUCUGGACCGAUCAUGGCAGAAAUGAGAAGUUUUUGUAUGCACG